AUAGAUACUCCCACCAGUUCAACUGGUAUAGGUUACUUAUGUAAUCUCAUCUCUUUAACUGCACAGUGAUAGUACAAGGACACAGUGUAUACCAUAUUAACUGCUUUUUGAAGUUUUAGAUACUGAACUUGUAGAAGAACUGGUUUUCUCUUUUAGUAUUAUUUAUUCAUUUUUGGAGCAUGACAUAUGACAUAUGUGAGUGAAACAAAAAUAAUAAUGACCAAACAGAAAAGGUAUGUCCAGGCACUGUACCACAAGGUUUCAUAAGCAUUUUUAAGUAAGAGUUGCAGAGAUGAGGGGAGGAGGUCCAGGUGGCCGCCAAGGUAUGCAUUAUGAUCCUCGCACCUAUGGCAUGCAAGGACAGUCACAGAACAGGAACAAUAGUCAGGGUUCAACAUGGCGAAAUACUUGGAAAAAGAUGCGCAUUCUCCUGCCCUUCAUGUGGCCCAAGAAGAGUCACCUCCUGCAGUUGGCCGUCUUCUUUUGCUUUGUGCUGCUGCUGGCUGGGAGAGUGGCCAAUGUCUUUGUGCCAAUCCUAAACAAAAUAAUAAUUGAUGCUCUUGGAGGCAGUGGUGGGAUCCCAUAUUUCUGCUGGGAAUAUGUCCUCAUCUAUGUCGCCCUAAAGUUUCUUCAGGGAGGUGGCACAGGAGGUAUGGGCCUGCUGAAUAACCUCCGCUCACUUCUAUGGAUAUCUGUCCAGCAGUACACUAGCAGGGAAGUUCAGAUUCAACUGUUUUCACAUCUACACAAUCUGUCCCUGAGGUGGCAUUUGAGUCGUAAAACUGGGGAAGUUUUACGGGUUAUGGACCGUGGCACAAAUUCCAUCAAUACCCUUCUGCAGUAUAUUAUAUUUAACAUUCUGCCUACAGUAAUUGACAUCGUUGUUGCUGUCAUAUACUUCACAGCAGCAUUCAAUUACUGGUUUGGUAUUAUUGUGUUUGUCACCAUGGCAACUUAUUUAGUUAUCACGAUCAUUAUGACUGAAUGGAGGACAAAGUACAGACGUAACAUGAAUUUAGCAGAUAAUGAGCAAAGAGCUCGAGGUGUAGACUCUCUUCUCAACUUUGAAACUGUGAAAUAUUAUGGUGCUGAAGACUAUGAAGUAAACAGGUAUAAGGAAGCUGUACUGAGUUACCAGGUUGAGGAGUGGAAGAGUAAUGCUUCUCUGUGCUUCCUGAACACAAUUCAGAAUUUUGUAAUUAAUGGAGGCCUCUUGGCUGGAUCUAUGCUGUGUGCCUGGAUGGUGGCAAAGGACAAAGGCCUGACUGUUGGAGACUACGUUCUCUUUUCAUCCUACAUCAUGCAGCUGUAUACACCUCUUAACUGGUUCGGAACCUAUUAUCGUAUGAUUCAGCAAAAUUUUGUGGAUAUGGAGAAUAUGUUCGACUUGCUAGAAGAAAAGCAAGAGAUUUUGGACAAACCGGAUGCAGACAUCAUGGUAUUACCACAAGGCAGAAUUGAAUUCAAGGAUGUUUCAUUCCAUUAUAGUCCUGACAGACCUAUUUUGAAAAGUAUCUCUUUCCUUGUGGAGCCCGGAAAAACAGUUGCUAUUGUUGGACCAACAGGCAGCGGUAAGAGCACAAUCAUUCGACUUUUGUUCCGGUUUUAUGAUGUCACAGGUGGAUUUAUAACCAUUGAUGGAAAAAAUGUAAAGGACUAUACACAAAAAUCUGUGCGGCAGGCAAUUGGAGUUGUACCUCAAGACACUGUACUGUUCAAUGAUACUAUUUUCUAUAACAUCCAUUAUGGCAAAGUAACUGCAACAGACACUGAAGUGAAAGAAGCAGCCAAAAAUGCUGACAUACAUGACAAGAUUCUCACUUUUCCUGAUAAGUUUGACACAAAGGUAGGAGAGAGAGGCCUCAAGCUUAGUGGAGGUGAAAAGCAGCGUGUGGCUAUAGCAAGGACCUUGUUGAAGAACCCAGCUUUCAUUUUGCUGGAUGAAGCUACAAGUGCACUUGAUACACAAACAGAAAGGAAUAUCCAGGCUGCAAUACAAAAAGUUUGUACUGACCGAACAGUGAUUAUUGUUGCCCAUCGCCUGUCCACCAUAAUUCAUGCGAACACAAUUCUAGUUCUGCAAGAUGGGGAGAUUGUAGAACGAGGAAGCCAUGAUGAUCUGAUAAAUAGAAGUGGAGUGUAUAGCAACAUGUGGCAGCAGCAGUUAGAGGCCAACAAUAACACUGAUGGCAAUGGAAACACCAGUGUAGAGGCAGAAGGUGAGGAACAGCCUCAGCCACAGAGUCCAGAGAAGAGUGACCAGCAGAAAACCAAGUUAUAACAACACUGAUGUUGUGAUAGUAUAUUUCUGUGUUGUGCCAGUAGGUAGGAAUUAUGUUAUUGAUGUAUAUUUAUUUCAUAUAGUAAAUUAUAACUCAUUGUAUAUUUCUUCAAACUGCAAUGUAGUUCCUUGAUAUUAUGUACAGUUUUGUUAUAGAUACAGUGGUAAUGAUGAAAAAUUUUAUAGUGACUUUUAAUUAUUCUUCAAAUUGUAUCCUGAAAUUAGCAAAGGAGUUACUUAUAACAUGGCAUUAUUAUAAUCUAAAUGGUUUUAUGAUACAUAGAGUAUAGGCUAUGCAUUUAUAAUAUAGCCAUAGAAAAUCAAGAAACAGUUAGUACAGAAUGUUUCAGCUAUUUCAGAAUUGUAUAUUGGUGAGCAUUUAGAUUUAUUUUAUGGACAAUUCAAGAGUCUUGAAUUCUUAUGUAUAUAAAAUUGUCUGGGAGAUAAAAAUAAAAAUCCUCUAUUUUA